AUGAGUUCCAACAAAAUGGCCGUGUCGCUCAAGAAGAGUCAUCCGGAGAAAUAUCUUUUGAGGUUAAUCUGCAGAUACCUUUACUAUUUGGGCUGCGGAGAGUUUUGGUAUGAGCCGACCAUUCGCUCUAUAUACGAGAGAGUAAUUUAUGCAAUAUGGUUUAUUAUAACAAAUACUUACUUAUAUGGCUUCGUUAUAAAUGAGUGUCUUGGCCAUUUGAGAACAAACUUGACCGUCAAGGAAAAGAACGACCUAUACCAGUUCUCAUGUGCACACCCAUCCAUAUCACUGAAAUAUUUAAUCUUGUAUAAGAGAAGAGAUAAAAUUAAAUACAUCACAAAAAGAGUUCUAGAAGAUACUAGAACUUUUUUCUCGUCUCCUGAGCUCGACAGGGCUUCUUUGAGGAAGGCAAUCCUUUACUGCUCGGUGUUGAUAAUGACAACGUAUGUAACGUACACUUUGUCGGAAGUGGAAUCUAUUAUAGCACACUUUAAAGAAGGUACACCUAUCAGAACAGAAGUGACAUUGUUCCCCAGGUCGACUGACACAAUGGCCACAAAGAUUUUCAGGUUCUUCAUUGAAAUGCACUGGGGUUAUUUCAUAACUAUAAUGAUUUUAACUGAUUGUCUCUGCUAUUGCUCUCUCGUAUUCAUGAGCUUUAGGUUCAAACUUCUGCAGUUGUACUUCGAAAAGCUAAGGGACAAUUUCUUAACUAACCCUGAAAAUAAGAGUCACAAUGAGUUGGAGGAGGAAUUCAAGCAAUCUUUUACAGUUGGGAUGAAUUUGCAUGAAGAUCUUUUGAAGUGUGCCCGUGAAGUGCAAGAAACCCUCGGCGCUAUAUACAGCGUGCAGAUAUUGGAGAGCAUGUCUCUUAUCGUCAUGUGCCUCAUCAAACUUGUCCACGCUGAAAGGAAUUUAGUGUUUCUUUUGGCUGAUCUUGGUUACAUAUCGGUUAUGACAACGUUAACUGGAGCUUAUAUGAUGAUAUCUGGAGAUAUCACACACGAAGCAUACGAAUUAUCAACAUCUAUAUUCCACUCCGGCUGGGACUUGUCCCGGAACCGUGACAUACGUCCUUUAGUUGUGGUUGCUAUACAACGGAGCCAGGUGCCCGUCUAUAUGACUGGACUAGGCGUGAUCACGCUGUCGUAUGCCAACUUUAUAUCGGUGAUGCGGUCAUCAUAUUCAUUCUUCGCCGUUAUGUACUAA